AUGGCUUCAGUGGUUCCUGUCUGGCUAGUGUCGGACAGGAGAGGGAAAUUUACUCCAACAGACCCUGUUGCCAUUUGUCCUGUAUUGAGUGCUGAGAAUUCUGUUAGAAGUUGUGUAGCAAAGCUGUUCUUCACUUGCUCCCUAAAGGGUCAUUAUUGCCUCUACAGUAAAUCCAGUUUUAUUCUCAUCAGCCAAGAACCUCAGCCGUGGAUCCAGAUCAUGUUCCUAUUUCAACAGAGCCUGUUUCCUGAGCCCCUGUCCAUACAGAGCCAUUCUGUGCAAUUUCUCAGAGCUCUGUGGGAGAAGACCCAGGCAGAGGGUGCUCACAGCUUUGAAACAGCCAUGAUGGAGUCCACAUUCCCACAGCAGAAGGAUCUGGACCAGGUACAGCUCCAUCUGGAAGAAGUGAGGUUCUUUGACGUGUUUGGCUUCAGCGAAGCAGCAGGAGCAUGGCAAUGCUUCAUGUGCAACAACCCUGAGAAAGCAACUG